GGCUGGCUUACUUUCGGUUUAGUGAGUUACGGUUCUGUUGUCAACCGUUAGUCAAAUCAAAUCAAAAUAAGUCGUUUUUUAGGGGACAUCAUAGGGUAAUGGGAGCUGCCUUAAAAAGUACGGAGGUUUUAUUUCCGUUUAAUGUACUUUUUGUGAAGACGAAAGCCGGUGAAAAUGAAUAUUUUGUUGACGUUGGUUCUGGCUGUCCUUGGUAUGUCUGGUGUUGGUGCAGAUGAAGUGUCAGUGUUUGUGAAGGGAGAUUCUGUUACUCUAUACAAUGAUAGCAAGGCAAAUCAUCAAGAAAAGACAAGAUGGUAUUUUAAUGGCAUUCAGAUUGCUUUUAAUCACUGGAAAUGAGAGGGAAAUCUGUUCAGUUGCUGAGUGUAAGGAGAGAUUUAGUGACAGACUGAAAGUGGAUAAUCAGACUGGAUUUCUGACCAUCACAAACCUCAGAACCACAGACUCUGGAACUUAUAAAUUAAACAUUAUCAGCAGUGGCAGCUACAGUGACAAGGUCUUCAACAUUUACGUACAUGAUGUUCCUGAACAAGAUGAAAUGAACAGAAACUCAGUGAAGGAGGGAGAAUCUGUUGCUUUAAAGCUUGGCGAAGAUGGGAAAAUGAAGGAUUUGCUGCUGUAUUUCCGUGACAUUCUCAUCGCUAAAAUCACUGGAAAUCAAAGUAAAAUCUGUGAAAAUGAUCAGUGUGAUAAGAUAUUCGGAAACAGACUAAAGCUGGAUCAUCAGACUGGAUCUCUGACCAUCACAAACAUCAGAACAACAGACUCUGGACCUUAUAAUCUACAGAUCAACAGUAGCAGCUUCAGCAUUAGCAGAAAAUUAGCUGUAUUAACUGUCAUAGGUUCAGGUCUGUCUUCAGCUGCUGUAGCAGGAAUAUGUGCCGCUGCUGCUGCUGUUUUUGUUCUGCUGUUUAUUGCUGGCAUGAUUUACUAUCACAAGUGUCGUCAAGCAAGACGAAAUGUUGCAGGGACAGAACCCAGGACGCAGUACAUUAAUCAGGAUAAUGGUCCUAUGUACUUCUCCGUUGGUCAGGCUGUCAAUGGAUCACCAUCUGCUGCUAAUGGGAUGUUGCUUGAAGGACAUGUAGCUUGAGCUACAAGUGAGACAUCAGUUUGACUUUUAUUAUUUUGAAGGAGAGGAAGGGGGCAGUUGAAGCUCUUGCCGCUCACAAAGCAAAAGUGUCAUGAUACCAAGAUUUUGGAAGUCAGCACCAAUACCGGUAAAAUUUGAAGUGGGACAUUCACAUUGACUCCAUUGUGAAAAGGCCCAGCAGAGGUUGUACACCAGCUGAAGUUUAUGCUGAAACAGUUCUACUCUGCCAUCACUGAAUCUGUCCUCUGCACUUCAGUAACUGUCUGGUUCAGCUCAGCUACCCAAUCUGACUUCAGAAGACUACAUCGGAUAGUCCUGACAUCUGAGUGAAUCGCUGGUACAAUCCUUCCCCACUCUCCAAGAACUUAUCCAGAGUGAGCAAAAGGGCUAGGUCGACGCUAUUGAGCACUGAGCACCAGAACGGCCAGACACAAGAACGGUUUCUUCCCUCAGGAAAUCCAUCUCAUGAACACUUGACAACAAAUGUGAAACACAUAUCACUAUUAUACAUUAAUUUGUACAUAGUAAAUUGUCUAUUUCAUAUAUUGUAUUUUUGCUAUUUUGUACAUUGUCUAUUUUGUAUAUUGAUC